AUGGCUGUACUGAAGACCAACAACAUGCCCCUCAAGGUCGGUCAGACCUUGAGUGUGACGGGAAUUCCUGACGCCGAUGCUACCACGAGGUUUGCUGUGAAUAUUGGCCCCGAUGACAAAGACAUCGCUCUGCAUGUUAACCCCCGCUUUAAAGCCAACGUACAUGAGCACACUGUGGUGUUUAACACGCGCCAGGGGGGCACGUGGGGGCAGGAGGUCCUCGGGGAAGGGUUUCCAUUCCAGCAGGGGGUGGAAUUUACUAUCACCAUCGCUUUCAACCCAGAGGAGUUUGUGGUGACCUUCUCAGAUGGCUCCGUCAUCCAUUUUCCCAACCGCCUGGGUGCAAAAGAGUACACUUACUUCUUUGCUGACGGAGAGGUUCGCAUUGUGAGCCUUGACAUUAAACAAUAA